AGCAGUGGGAAAGAAUUAAGCGGCUCCUCAGCCAAGCAAAUCCUCCACUCAUCAUGCGUCCUCCUACCAUUCAUCUCUCUCUCAUUCCCCUUCUCUGCAUCCUGAUGAAAAACUGUUUGGCUUUUAAAAAUGAUGCCACAGAAAUCCUUUAUUCACAUGUGGUUAAACCUGUUCCAGCACACCCCAGCAGCAACAGCAGCACCUUGAAUCAAGCCAGGAACGGAGGCAGGCACUUCAGUAGCACUGGGCUGGAUCGAAACAGUCGAGUUCAAGUGGGCUGCAGGGAACUGCGCUCUACCAAAUACAUUUCAGAUGGCCAGUGCACCAGCAUCAGCCCUCUGAAGGAGCUGGUGUGCGCAGGCGAGUGCUUGCCCCUGCCAGUGCUUCCCAACUGGAUCGGAGGAGGCUAUGGAACAAAGUACUGGAGCCGGAGGAGCUCCCAGGAGUGGCGGUGUGUCAAUGACAAGACGCGCACCCAGAGAAUCCAGCUGCAGUGUCAGGACGGCAGCACACGCACCUACAAAAUCACCGUGGUCACGGCGUGCAAGUGCAAGAGGUACACCCGGCAGCACAACGAGUCCAGCCACAACUUUGAAAGCGUGUCGCCAGCGAAGCCCGCCCAGCACCACAGAGAGCGGAAGAGAGCCAGCAAAUCCAGCAAGCACAGUCUGAGCUAGAGCUGGACAGACUAGAAAGCAUCUGCUACCCAGAUUUGAUUGCUUGGAAGACUCUCCCUCCAGUCUGCCAUUGCUCUUUUCGCACUUGAAAGUAUAUGCUUUCCGCUUUGAUCAGGUCCAGCAGGCUGUCCUUCUCGGGGACCUUCUCUGGGACUAGCUUUUCCUUUGCAAGUGUCUCAAGAUGUAAUGAGUAGUUUGCAGUGAAAGCCAGGCAUCCUGUAGUUUCCAUUCCCCUCCCCCCUCCCCCGGUCAUUUCUUUAAAAAGCACCUGAUGCUGCAU